UGUUUGCACAAAGAAAAAUCCAAAUUGUGGCGCUUGUCCAAUGAGAGCAGAGUGCAAACAUCUUGCUAGCGCGAUUGCAAGUGCAAAUCUUUCCCUGCCAGACCCUUCAAAGAAAGUUGAAGAGAGAUAUAUGGUUCCUAAAGUACCUCUUGGAAGCUCUAAUUUGGUUGGAAACAGUGUGGUUGUCAAUCCAAUAUCAGUGUCACUUUUAGAGUCUAACAAAACAUUGGAAUCUGGGGUAAGAACCCAAAAUUGUGAACCAAUCAUAGAAGAGCCUAAAUCACCACUGCAUGAGCAGCAAAUUGAAGAUAUUGUAAGUGAAGAUAUUAUUGAUGAUGAAGAAGAAAUCCCUACUAUCCAACUCAACAAUGAGACUUUCAAGGAGAAUUUACACUACUUUAUGGACAAGUAUGGGCCCAAUUUCCAAACUAGCAGUUCAUCAAGAGCUUUAGUUCCUGUAUCUGUGACUGUUGAUUCAAUUCCGAUUCGCAAAUUGAAGCAGACUAGCCACUUGCGGACGGAACAUCAAGUCUAUGAAAUUCCCGAUAAUCAUGAACUUCUGAGAGGGCUAAAGAAACGAGAAUGUGAUGAUUCGUUGCCUUACCUUCUUGCUAUAUGGACAGCAGGUGAAACUCCAGAUUCCUGUGAACCACCUAAGAAAAGAUGCAAUUCUCAAGGACCAGAACUUUGUAAUGAUCAAACAUGCUUUUCUUGUCAAAGCAUUCUGGAAGACAGAGCUAAUAUAGUUCGAGGAGCAAUUUUGGUGAGUGAAACUGUUCGUUGUGCACAUCCUUACUAG